AUCACUCCGUAUUUUUACCUGUUUAAAAGUUUUUACUGUUUAAAAGUUUAUGCUCUACGCGAGUGUAGUUGUCGUGAGUGGCCACGAGUGUCUCGUAAAGUGUAGAAUAACGCAUAAAUGUUAAUGACGCAUGAAACAUCGGGUUUUAUUGUUAUUAUUGCAGUUUUAAUAUGUGUCUAUCUGCUGCCGUGUACCGUAAUUCAUUCCUUAUAUUUCACACCGAAGAAAACUGCAACAGAUACGCCUUCAUUCUCAGUUUUAAUAUCUGUGCUUGCGGUUAGUCGAAAUCCUGUAUAUUUCAUACUGAAGGAAACUACACAGAUGCGUCUUCAUUGUCAAAUCAAAGUGGAUCACGGAGUUUACGGAAUUCAACAAGCCGGUUUCGAAGCAGAAUUGCACCGAGAAAAAGCUGCGCGGACGAGAGCUGCGUGAAUUAUGCUUGUGUAUCUCCUCGCGUCUGGCGUCACAAGAUCUCAUCCUUCUAUAGAUGCUUGCGACACGUUCGUCUCUCCCUUCCCGUCAGACUGGAAAUAAGGAACGCCGAGGGCAGGACUUGUUUCGCCGCCUUUGGAAGAAGGAAAACGCAGCUGUGCAGGAGAUUGAAAAAAUUCGAUUUGCAGUUAGGUGUUAUGAAUAAUGAGGUUCAACAACAGAAAUUUAAUCAGAACGUCGUUGUUCUAUUUUCUGAAAAAGAAAGAAUUUCAAAACAUUUUGAUGAAAAAUCUGGGCUUAAAUUCCACCGAUGUUGAAGAAAUUCUCGAUGUGAAUAAAAAUAUCCUUAAUCUUUCUCGUCAUCGAAUAAUAAAGAAUUGCAUGACAUUUGAGAAAUAUAAUGUUAACGUAAAACCUCUGAUAAAUUUUCCAUAUUGCCUGAAAAUGAAAGAAUUCUAUCUGGAACAUAGAAUUAAUGUACUCAAGGAUAUAGGAGUGUCAGAAUUGAACUCGUUUUUAGUGGGAAAAUUAUAUACUUUGUCAAAUAAACAUGUGUCCAUAUUCAAAAAGAAGAUCAAUUUACCAAUUGAACAGAACAUUGCUAAAAAUAUAUUUGGUAGACUCGGUGAGGAAGUUCCAAAUGAAAUCUCUCAAUUGGAAUCAAGUGAUGAAUUAACAAUGAAUCAAUAUUAUAAGGCAUGUCUUCUGUAUUGCAAAAACCGAAUAUUUGAUCUGCCUUAUUUGGAUGACAAGGUACUGUUGCACAGUUUGAACACACACUUUAAAAGUAUAAGCAUGAUUGCUGAAACAUUGAAAGUACUCAGAAUAGAUCUUGACUAUGAUGAAAAAAUGAUAAAAAUGAAUCCCUAUAUCAUUAACGCUUCCGCCGACAAUAUUAGGAUGCUGUUGAAUAACUUUACAGACAUUUACGGGAUACCGAUUUCAACACUUUUAAGGAAACAUCCUUAUAUGCUCUUUCAAGAUGCAGAUAAUAUAAAGCGUUUACUAGCAUCAUUAAAACGAUAUAAGAUUCCAGAUGAAUAUGUGAAAAAAUAUAUGAAAUUUCUUAAAAUGGAUAAUUACACAUUUCUUGAACGAAUAGAAAGGUUGAAACAGCAUCCUGACGUAAACUUACGUAUAUGGUAUAUGUAUCCACGAAUCCUGAAAAUUUUGGAACACGUAAAUAUGAUGGAUCAUCGUAUAAAAUAUCUUCAUUUUAUGAAUUGUGCAAAAUGGGCUGUUCCUCAUACGGUUUUAUCUACAAAAUCUAUAAUAGAUAGAUUUGUGCAAAACGACUCCAACAUAAUUAUAAGCAAGAAACCUGUGAAAUACAUAUUGAAGAUGGAAUUGGGAAUGGACAUUUGCGAUCAAUUGUGCAGACAUCAGCACUGGAAAACUGUUACAUUAGUUGACAUUCAGAAAAUGUUAAAGUAUCUGAAAAGACACUUUACAAUAAGCGAAAUACGCCAGAAUAUACAUAUUAUACUUUAUGCACAAUCCAGAGUAGAGAAAAUACUAGCUGAUUUGAAACAGCAAUAUUCUGAGAGUACGCAGUAUUCAUUUACUAAUGGCCAAUAUCUCGCAUUAUGUUUGUAUAUAUUGGAGAAAGAUACUCAUUUCACGGGAGACGGCAUUUGGAACAACGGACACAAUGCGGAACAAAAGUUUUCGCAUCCUUUGAAAGAUGAAAGUGUUGCAGAAAGAAUUGAUAAUGAUGACAUCAAUAACAAUUUGAACAUCAAAGAUGAUGAUGAUGAUCAUAAUCAUUUUGACGACAGGAAUGAGACAUCCAGUGUGACAAAAUAACAAUAUACAUAAUAAUAUUUCACAUUCUUAUCAAUCGAGAGGAAGCAAACGACUGUCAAAUAUUUAUAGUUACCACGAGAUGUCACUCAAAGCGACUGACGC